AUGACAACGCCAACCGGCAACAGUGCCAAUUUCAGUGGCAAAAGACUUAAUGUCUUAGUCUAUUCUGGCCAUGGAACAACCGUUGACUCAGUCCGUCACUGCCUCUAUACCUUGCGCCGCCUCCUCGCUCCACACUAUGCCGUCAUCCCCGUGACGGGCGAUAUGAUCCUCAAAGAGCCAUGGAUGACAACGUGCGCAAUGCUCGUCAUGCCCGGUGGCGCGGACAUGGGCUACUGUCGCACGCUCAACGGUGCGGGGAACCGGCGCAUUGCGCAGUUCGUCAACAAUGGCGGGAAGUACCUAGGUCUCUGCGCCGGUGGGUACUAUGGAUGCAAGAGCUGCGAGUUCGAGGUCGGCGACAAGGUGAUGGAAGUCAUUGGAGAGCGCGAAUUGGCGUUCUUUCCGGGAAUCUGCCGUGGAGGGGCAUUCCCGGGCUUCGUUUAUCACAGCGAAGAAGGCGCGCGCGCAGCAAGCAUUGACGUUGUGAAAGACUCGUUAGCGCCAGGAGCUGUUCCUGCGUCAUUCCGGUCGUACUAUAAUGGCGGUGGAGUCUUCGUUGAUGCGCCUCUGCUCGCGGAUAAAGGGGUGGAAGUUCUUGCGAACUAUAAUGAGAAAUUGAAUGUUGAUCCUGGAGAAGGAGCUGCUGCUGUUGUAUACUGCAAGGUUGGGAAUGGAGCAGCGAUUCUGACGGGUCCCCACUCCGAAUUCGCGGCUGUCAACCUUGAUCCGAAAGCGGGCGGGCCUGAAUAUGCGGAAAUGGUGGCAGCCCUCGCUGCUGAUGACAAGCAGCGUACCGAAUUUUUAAAGGCAUGUCUAGUCAAAUUGGGGUUAGAAGUCGCAGAAGACUCAACAGUGCCUUCACUGUCGUCAUGGCACAUAUCAGGCAUUGACGCAGAUGGCCCAAUGGAUGUUCUCUCCGGACUUGGGUCCAAUAUCACCAAGGAGGGAGAGACGGAAUAUCUCAAAGACGCCCAUGAUAAGUUCCGCAUCGAGCGACCAGGUGCUUGGAACCUUGGUGAUCUGGAGGAAUCACUUCCCACAGCGUCAGAGGGAAUCAUUGAUUAUCAGUCAAUCACCAAGCGUCUUGUAUUCCAUGAUGAUCUCCCCGACUCGAAGCUGACACCUUACUUCAAUCAUCAUGCAUUUUACUCCAAUCUGCGCAAAUACCAAGCUGAGUCCAAGGGAGACGCCUCGACAUUUGGAAAUAACAUUCUUUAUGGAGAGGUGGUGACCAGUACCAAUACACUUUUGGAAAAGAACACUCAAUUGCUCCGCCAGUUACCACAAGGAUUUACGGCGACAGCUACAGCGCAAAUCGCUGGACGCGGACGUGGAUCCAACGUAUGGGUCUCACCAGCAGGCGCUCUGAUUUUCUCAACUGUUGUGCGACACCCGGUGGACAAGAUUCAAUCGGCACCGGUGGUAUUCCUCCAAUACCUUUCAGCCAUGGCUGUUGUUCGGGGCAUCAAAAACUACGCAAGUGGAUACGAAAACAUUCCCGUCAAGCUCAAAUGGCCCAACGACAUCUACGCCCUUGAUCCAGACGAUCCCGAACAAAAGCGCUAUACAAAGAUCUGCGGUAUCCUCAUCAACUCCCAUUUCAUGUCCAACGAAUAUAUCUCCGUGGUCGGUAUUGGCCUAAAUGCCACCAAUGCCUCCCCAACCACAGCUCUGACAACCCUCGCCGCGCGUUACGCGACGCCAGGUGCUGCAGCCGCAUCACCCGUCACACUUGAAAAGCUGCUCGCGCGUAUUUUGACGACAUUUGAAAGUUUGUACACCAGGUUCUUGCGCACGGGCUUCGACCGAGGCUUCGAAGCGAUGUACUACCAGGACUGGCUGCAUAUGCAUCAAAUUGUCACGCUUGAGGAAGAAGGUGGUGCUCGCGCUCGCAUCCAGGGUAUUACGCGUGACUAUGGACUCCUGCUGGCUGAGGAGCUGGGAUGGCAUGACCGACCGACUGGGCGGGUUUGGCAGUUGCAGAGUGACAGUAAUAGCUUUGACUUCUUCCGUGGGUUGCUUAGGCGGAAGGUAUAG